AUGUCAAAUGAUCAGGAUAUUAUGAGGAAACUGGACAGAAUUGAGCAGUAUGUCAAAAAGCUAGUUAAGAAACAACAGGAGCGUAAACAGAGAGGUUCUUCGUGUAACGGCAAAAAAUCCAGUAAAAAACUGUACCCAGACUCCGCUCUAUUCAACACCUGGGGCGCGGAGCUCAAAGCGGAUGACCAGAAAGAAGCAGAGAGGCUAUUUAAGAUAUAUGGUUACAAUGUCUUCUUGAGUGACAGACUGCCGCUAAACAGAACUCUUCCGGAAACACGACACCCCAGGUGUCUGAAGAAAACAUACCCAGAGAACCUUCCUACACUUAGCGUUGUUCUGAUCUAUCUGGACGAAGCUCUGUCUGUCAUUAAGAGAGCCAUCCGGAGCAUAAUUGACCGUACACCUGCUCACUUACUGAAGGAGAUCAUUCUCGUCGAUGACAACAGUUCCACUGAGGACUUGAAGGGAAGCUUGGAUAAAUACGUCGACUUAAUUCACCAGGAGCGGCCAGGUUUAGUGAAGCGAGUGAGGCACAAAGAAACAAUGGGAUUGACGCAGUCUCGGAUCUCCGGAUGGACUGCAGCCACUGGCCAAGCGGUGGCUAUUUUGGAUGCCCACAUCGAAGUUCAAGUGAGAUGGGCAGAACCCAUGCUGGCUAGGAUCCAGGCAGACAGGACGGUAGUAGUGUCUCCAGUGUUUGAUAAGGUGAACUUCGAUGACUUACAGGUAGUUAAAUACGACGCGUCUGCACAAGCUUUUGACUGGCAACUGUGGUGCAUGUACGAAAGCUUCCGCCCUGAGUGGUACGAGAACGGUGCCUCUGAACCAGGAAAAAGUCCCUCUGUCAUGGGUAUCUUUAUGGCAGACCGUGAAUUUUUGGGGGAGAUUGGAACGCUGGAUCCAGGCAUGAAAACCUAUGGCGGAGAGAACGUGGAGCUUGGGAUACGCGUAUGGCUAUGUGGUGGAAGCGUGGAGGUGGUGCCUUGCUCCAAAGUUGCUCACAUAGAAAGAGCACACAAAUCUUACGCGCCAGACUUAAGCGUUCAUAUGAAGAGAAAUGCACUUAGGGUUGCAGAAAUUUGGAUGGACGAAUAUAAAACUAAUGUCAACGUCGCCUGGAAUAUUCCUUUGGAGGGUCACGGGAUUGAAAUUGGGGAUAUUUCGGAAAGACAGAAGCUCAAAGAAGAACUGAAAUGUAAGCCCUUCAAAUGGUACCUGGAGAAUGUAUAUCCUGAGAUGGAUGCCUUUGAGGACCUGCUUGGAUAUGGAACAUUGCAGAACGAUUUGUUAGACGAUCACUGCAUCGAUCAGGGGGCUGUUCCUGGUAGUUUACCCAUUAUCUAUGGAUGCCAUGGCUAUGAGCCCCAGCUCUGUUACUACAACUCCAAAGGAGAGAUUUACAUUGGUGGCAUAAAAUCUCAUAAGUACAACAGUAACCGUUGUCUGGUGGAUACUGGGACGGGGAACUUUCCUGCACUGCAUGCGUGUAAAGUGGCCAAGCAGAAAGAACUGCACAUGUACUGGGAGUUCAAACAGGGUCAAGCCAUAAGGAACAAAGGCACAAGCAGAUGUCUAGAAAUUGCCCAGGGAGAGGACAGCUAUUAUCAGCUUGUUGUUCAGCAGUGCAGCGGACAACGCUGGAGAAUACAAAACAUUAUCAAGGAGCUUUAA